AAGUGAUCGUCAAGCAGGGGAGUCCUGACGACUACAUGAGGUAAAGAAAAUAAAACCUCAAGCUGUACAUCCUACAAUGCGUCAGAUAAUAUUUUAGAAGAAAGUUGGCGUUUCCACAAUGAGCGGGUCCCAGUGUGAGCUACCUGCUCAGGUAGAAAAGUGGACCACAAAGGAUGUCGCCCGCUGGCUGACCUCUGAGGUGCAAGUUGAUCCAACUUUCGCAGACAAGUUUGAAAAAGAAGAUGUGUGUGGAGAAUUCCUACUGACCUUUGAGAAAAAAGAAAUAUUGGAGAUGGGAAUAAAACAUGGCCCUGCAGUCAAAAUUGCCAGGUACUUGGAAAGGUUGAAGAAGAAAGAAGAAAAAUGUUCGGGAUCGGAGUCCCGAAUGCCCUGCUUUGUUGAGCAGUGGACCAAGGAGGAGGUGUACCAGUGGUUGGUGAAGAACAACAACACAUUUGCAGAGCAGCUCCUGCAGGAAGACGUCUCCGGAGAUUGCUUGCUUUGCUUUGGGAAGAAGGACUUCAAGGACAUCGGCAUCAAAACCGGCCCAGCUGUGCAUAUUCUGAAAAAACUGAGCGAGCUCAAAGACCAAAUGGAGCCCAACAUGAUCUCAAACCAACAGAAAGUGGUCGUGGCUAAAACACACAAGAAAGCUGACUCUAAAAAAGUGAUCCAAAGUGCAAUACAGAACAUUUCAGAUCCCAGACCGAACUCACAGAGUAAGCUGUCUAAAGUCAAGGACCCAGUCCAGCAGGUGGUCCACCACAGAUCAAUUAUUCAGAACAUCUUGGAGGAACUUGCAAAAGCUGACUUGAAAAAAUUUCAGUACUUUUUGCCAGACAAAAAAAAUGAAAAAAAUGUACGGAUUCCUUGGGGCAAACUAGAGGACAAGGACACGUUGGACACCGCCAAGUUACUGAGCGACCACCACGGUGACCAGGCUUUAACAGUAACACGAGAUGUUCUGGUCGAAAUCAGUCAAUACGAUCUUGCUAGCAGACUGGAAAAUAUCAUGGUUCAGUUAGGUCAGCUGACAUGCUGCUCGGAAGAGUCGGAGUUAAAGAGAGAAUUCAACCAGGGAGACAAACUGAAAAAUCUGCUGACGUGUGGUGGGAACUCCCUGGAGAGCUAUGAGAGAUUUGUGGUGGUGGCAAACAAGAGCAGUCUGGAACAAGUGCAGCACCUCCAGUUUCUAACCAAACUCCAACGGUUGUGCGUCUUGGACUUUGACCCAAACUCCAAUAGACCUCACGGACUGUGUCACACCUACAAAGAGACACGAGUUGCCAAUCUGCACUCCCCAUCUCAGUAUCAGGGCCCAAUAACAACUGUGGUGAGCAGCCUCAACCUCUACGAUCAGACUAGCUGGGUCUUUUGCAACGGCAGACACGACUUCGAAAGUGAUGCCAACAAGGAGCUGGACUACACGACGUGGUUGAAGAAGUCUUGCAAAGAUGUCGAGCAGUUGGUUGCAUUUAUUUGCAACCAACUUCUUUGUCAUGGAAGAGGUCUCAUAGUUUUCCUUCUACUCUCCCCUGUGGACACGGACAACGACCCUUUUUUUGAGACCUACAGAUCUUUCCUAAAACACACAGAGGAGCAAAGCAUCAUCACUCUUUGUGAGUCAGCCAGUGCCUACGCCAAAUGGAAGGAGCUCAUUAUUGAAAAGUUUCAUAUUGACAUUGACCCGUUCUCAGUCUAUGAGCUGACUCUCAGCCAGGUCAACGGGACAGUGAUGGGACUGGGACCGUUUAGACAGUCGCCUGCAAAGUUGCUACCAUCGUCCGACUCCAGCUCCGUUGUCCUGAAGCAGAAAGACGAAGACUUAUUGACUGCUUUGGACAUUUUGUGUCUGAACCAGUGUGAAAAUGUUUUUGAAGACGAAAACGGUCCAAAGUUUCUAAAAUUUCGAAUGCAAGAGGAGGAGGAAUUCUACCGAGGAGGCAAAGUGAAAUGGUGGAACUUUUACUUCUGUGACAAGGAUAGUAAGAAGAUAUUUGUCAAGCGAGACAAGUACCAAAAUAUUAAGGACAUGAUUCGCUCUCAGCACAAGUACAGCAGAAACGCUUGCGUGCUGCUGAAUUUCUUCCACCAUCCAGGCUGUGGCGCUAGCACAUUAGCCAUGCACAUCUUGUGGGACCUUCGCAAUGACUUUCGAUGUGCGGUGCUGAAAGACACCCCGCUUCCUAAGGAGGAAGUAGCCGAUCAGAUUGUACAUCUCAUGAAGCUGGAAAGUGGAACACCGUCUCCUGUCUUGCUUUUGAUGGACGAUCUAAAGGAGACAGACAGUCUUCACGACCUUGUUAACUGCAUCCGCAACGCAGUGGAGGACUCGACCAAUGUGAACGUGGACCACUCACUUAACUGCAAAGUUGUCAUCCUGAACUGUGUCCGCUCGCACAGCCCAAAAGAACAGUACAAGCGUGAAAACUCCACACAAUGCCAGUACAUCACCGCUUCUCUGUCGGCGCAGGAGAAGGAAGAAUUUGAAAAGAAACUUGAAGAACUCCAAGAAACCCAUGAAAAGCCAGAAAACUUUUACACCUUCAUGAUCAUGAAGAGCAAUUUUGACCAAAAGUACAUCAAAGAUCUAGCCCGCAAUACGCUGAAAAACUUUGCCAUCGAUACAGACGACGCCAAACUCUUCGCCUUUUUGGCCUUGCUGAACACAUACGUCCCGGAAUCGGGAAUCGCAUUGUCGCUUUGUGAAGACUUUUUUGGGGUGAAAAUGGCACGCCACCCGGAGGACUGUGUGUUGGACUCAAUGAAGAUCUACUCAAACGUCCUCAUUGUUGACAGAGUGGAAGAGUGCGGAGGCUACAAAACGCUUCGUAUCCUCCAUCAUACCAUAGCAGACGCCUGCUUGGAAGAGUUGGAGGGGGGCUACUACUUGAUGGCCAGUGAUAUCACCUUGCAGAUGCUUCAUUAUGAUCUGUUUUUCAGCAAAGGCGUGGUCAAGGACAGACUAAUGGUGUCCAUUGAAAGAAUGUUGAUUAGAAGACGCAAAAAGGUCGGUGAUGAGAGAGAGCCAUUUUCUCCCCUGAUAGACAAAAUCCACCAGCAGCAGGGCGGGAAAACUGUGCAGGAGAUAUUUGUAAAAGCCUCCUCCAGGUAUAGUCAAAGGGCGUCUAUUCCACAGGCCCUGGCACGGUAUCUGUACAUCAAUGAGCGAGACUUCCCUGAGGCGUUGAAGUGGGCCGAGAAAGCCAAGACCAUUGCGGAAAACCCGUACAUAGUAGACACGAUUGGACAAGUGUACAAAAGUAACCUGAGAUCAAAUAUGGACAAAGAAAAACAAGAAAUGUCUCACAAUCCAGAGGACUUGGACACCAAUAUUUGCUUAGCCAUCAAUGGAAUUAGAGCUUUUCAACGCGCCCAAGAGCAAUCAGACAGAAAUGAUAAUUUUCAAGUGGAGAAGCCCGAUGACGAGUCAGGUGACUUCCCCCGAAAAUCAUACAAUAUUUUUGGCCAUGUGGGAGUACUUGAAAUGUCUUUUCUUGUCUUUGAGAUAUUGGCUAAGCUUCCUUUUUUCGAAGAACGUGACCCAAUGAAGAAGAAGUACUUGCAGAGUUUCCUGAACAACUCCAUUCCGAUAAGUAGCGUUCACAAAGACGAUAACCAGGUCAAUGACAGAUAUGCAGAGAUCAUCAAGGAUCACGAGCAGUUCCUGGUCCACCUGAAACCUGAAGUAAAAAAGAAGUUUGACUUCCUCAACUGUUACUUCACCUACACCAAAGGAAACUCAGAGUUUGACACAGUCAACCACAAGACAGUGUGUGACCACUUUAAAAAGUAUGUGGAUCUUUUCUGUACGGAGCCAGAGGAACUGAAAAAAGUGAAAGACGACAAUCCCAAACUGAACCUUAAAUUGUUAAUUGAAGAACGCAAAAAGUAUCUGGAGAAGACCCAAGCGGACACCUUCUCUGGAAUUCUUCAAUACUUGGACAGGUCUGCUGAAGAAAUGGAGAAAAUUGUGAAUUGUUACGUUUUUUUGCAACAGACAGUCAAACAAAAACAAAACAUUGAAGUGAAAAUUAAUUACAUUUUGGCAAAUGUGGUUCUUUACCUUCUCAAUCCAAAGUCUAACCAUGUGAAGAGCUACCAGAAGCUGUGUGAUCUGCUUCUGGAGGCUCUGCAGGCUGUUGGAUACCAUCACACCUGUCCAGACCCGUACUACCUGGCCCUGCUCAUGUUCUGGCCCACACUGUCAGAGGAAAACUCAGAAAUCCGAACAUACAUCAAUGCCAUCCGCUCAUCGUCCCGCAAGCACAUGUCUAAAUUGUUCUACAAGAGAAGCACAAUUGCUCACCUGUACUUGGGAAGAGAGAAUGGACUAAAGAGACUCGUGUCAAAACCCAGUCUGGAUAAGAAUUUCCUUACCAAGAUGCCACGUGACUCUUUGGCACAACACUGGUGGAACGGAGACAUCUUUAAGGAGAAAGAAAUUAUCAGCCGCCUGGUCCGAGUUGGCGGUACUAUUGAGCAGGGAGAAGUCUUCGCCACCUACGGUAGACUGAAGAUUCCUGUGCACCCUGCUCGCCGGAGCGGAAAAAGAAGCGGUUGCAGCACAGAGAAGAUAUCUUUUUAUCUGGGAUUUGCUAUCAAUGGGCCGCUGGCGUAUGAUAUUCAGUAUGAAAACUAGGUCUGUAAAUAUUUACUUUCUGUCUUAUGUCUUCCUUAGGCACAAAUAUACUGUUUAACAAAUAAAGGUGACAUUGAUUUUUCCAAA